UAAACCUAGAGAGGAAUUAGCUUCCAUAAUGGCUUUCUCCGGGCUACUUUGAAGCCGAAAUCCCAGCCGCUGCCGGUUACCCUUCACGUGAGUUACAGAAACAGUGAUUCAUCCAUUAAUUAAUUAAUUAAUUAAACCCUGUAGAUUUCUUUCUCCAUCCAGACAGUCAGUCCAUCCAAGAAAAUUUAAUCAGCAGAGCGAAGUGAGGCAGAACUUUCCGAGGAAACAAACAACAGUUGCAAAGGCUAUAAUGGAAGGGAAAAUCCUUCACGGGCUUUCCCCGGUUCAAGCCUAGUGGAAGGGAAAAUCCAAUCCAAGGCACUGUGCUGUGUUUGGCACUCUGGAAAAUUAAUUGAAGGGCCGCCUCCUUCCCAGGCUAGUUUACAUUCAUCCUUCACGGGCUGCUUACAAAGCAACAUGUGUUUUUGAAGCUCUUUUAUCUCUAUAAAAGCAAACUCUCCUCCUCCUCCUCCUCCUUCUUCUUCUUAUUCGUACCCCAUUUCUCGUUCCAAGUUGGAAGCUUUUCUUGGCAAAGGUCAAGAAUGGCCUCUGCCUGCUCUGCCCAGUUGCUCUGUUUCAACAUUUUGGUGUUCAUCUUCUUCUGUUUCACGGGCCGGGUUUCGGGCCAGGGGUCGCCGGUUUAUGCUUGUGACACGGCUGCGAAUCCCGGGGUGGCGAGUUUCAAGUUCUGUAAUCCGGCGGCCGGGGUGGCGGAGCGGGUGACUGACUUGGUGGGGCGGCUGACGCUGCCGGAGAAAAUUGGGUUCUUGGUGAAUGCCGCCGGAAGCGUCAGCCGGCUCGGGAUUCCCAAGUACGAGUGGUGGUCGGAGGCUUUGCACGGCGUUUCCAAUGUCGGUCCGGGGACCCAUUUCUCCAGCUUGGUCCCCGGCGCCACCAGCUUCCCUCAGGUUAUCCUCACCGCGGCUUCCUUCAACGUCUCUCUGUUCGAAGCCAUUGGGAAGGUGGUGUCAACUGAGGCCAGAGCAAUGUACAAUGUAGGUUUAGCUGGAUUGACAUACUGGUCACCCAAUGUGAACAUAGUCCGGGACCCGAGAUGGGGGAGAGCGCAGGAGACUCCGGGGGAAGAUCCACUUCUCACCAGCAAGUAUGCAGCAGGCUAUGUUAGAGGCCUGCAGCAGAGGGAUGAUGGUGACACCCAGCGGCUCAAGGUUGCUGCCUGCUGUAAACACUACACGGCCUAUGACGUCGAUAAUUGGAAAGGCGUCGAUCGUUAUCAUUUCAAUGCCAUCGUGACAAAGCAGGAUAUGGAUGACACGUUCCAGCCCCCUUUCAAGAGCUGUGUUCUUGAUGGGAAUGUUGCCAGUGUGAUGUGUUCCUACAACCAAGUGAAUGGCAAGCCGACGUGUGCCGAUCCCGACCUGCUCGCCGGCGUGAUCCGUGGCCAGUGGAAGCUAAAUGGGUACAUAGUUUCUGAUUGUGACUCCCUAGAUGUGUUUUUUAAUUCCCAACACUACACCAAGACCCCUGAAGAGGCUGCUGCCAAGGCCUUAUUGGCAGGGCUGGACCUCAACUGUGGGUCCUUCUUAGGCAAAUACACCAAUGGGGCAGUGAAACAAGGGCUGGUCAAUGAAUCAGUCAUCGAUAAGGCUAUCUCGAACAACUUUGCUACAUUGAUGCGACUUGGUUUCUUCGAUGGUAAUCCAAGCAAGCAACUCUAUGGGAAGCUCGGGCCUAAAGAUGUGUGCACCCCAGCGAACCAGGAGCUGGCCCGGGAGGCCGCAAGGCAGGGGACCGUGCUGCUCAAGAACACUGCCGGUUCACUUCCUCUAUCGGUCACUGCCAUCAAGUCCUUGGCAGUAAUUGGCCCUAAUGCCAAUGUCACACACACCAUGAUUGGCAACUAUGAAGGCAUUCCCUGCAAGUAUGUUACUCCUUUGCAAGGCCUCACAGCAUCAGUUCAGACAACCUAUGCCCCCGGCUGUGCCAAUCCUGCCUGCAGCACGGCCCAAGUAGACGAUGCUAAGAAGAUAGCAGCCUCGGCAGAUGCCACCGUUCUAGUCAUGGGUGCAGACCAGUCCAUAGAAGCAGAAAGCCUUGACAGGAUUGACCUCACUCUUCCGGGACAACAGCAACUUCUAGUAACCCAAGUGGCAAAUGCAUCGAAAGGGCCUGUUAUUCUUGUCAUAAUGUCGGGAGGUGGCAUGGACGUACAGUUUGCAAAAGACAAUGACAAAAUAAGCAGCAUCCUGUGGAUCGGGUACCCUGGCGAAGCUGGUGGUGCCGCCUUGGCAGAUGUAAUUUUUGGCCGUUACAAUCCAAGUGGGAGGCUGCCACUGUCAUGGUAUCCACAGUCAUAUGCAGAUAAGGUCAAUAUGACAAACAUGAAUAUGAGGCCGGAUCCUGCCACUGGCUACCCUGGCAGAACAUAUCGAUUCUACACUGGGCCAACUGUCUAUACAUUUGGGGAUGGACUCAGCUUCUCAGACUUCAAGCACCGGUUAGUCCAAGCUCCUAAAGCAGUAUCUGUCCCCCUGGAAGAGGGCCAUGUUUGUCGAUCAUCGGUCUGCAAGUCAAUCGAUGUUGCAGAGCAGACCUGUGCAAAUCUUGGUUUCAACCUCCUUCUUAGAGUUAGAAACAUUGGGAAAAUGGGCGGCAGCCACACUGUUUUCCUGUUUUCAAGCCCCCCUUCUGUACAUAAUUCACCACAGAAGCAUUUGUUGGGCUUUGAGAAGAUCUCCUUGGCUCCAAAGGGAGAAGGCCUGGUUCAGUUCAAGGUAGAUGUAUGCAAGGAUUUGAGUGUGGUUGAUGAGCUUGGAAACCGGAAAGUCGCCUUGGGACAGCAUGUUCUUCAUGUUGGAAGCUUGAAACACUCCUUGAAUCUGAGGAUUUGAAUUGAAUGGACUCCAAAAGCAUCCGUGGCCAUUUCUUUUUCUGCUUCUUUGAUCUUGAUUUUUGGAAGAAAAGAUAAGAAAUCAUCAGUGUGGAAAUAAACAGGACCAACUGUAACAAAAUCUCUCUCAUUCUUGCCUUGUAGUUGUGGCCAAUUGUUCAGAACAUCCAAAGUUCAAAAUGCAAAGGAAGCUCAUGUUUUGACAGUUGCUUCUUUUGCCUUUGAUCCCAACUUAGAAAGCAAUGUCGUUUCUCUCUCAGUGCCUGCCAAACAAACAGUUCACUGAAUACGAGGUUUUAGCUUUCAUAAUGAUUUUUUGGCUUAUUUAAGAGGU